UCGAUCACGUGGUUAUGUAUAUAAAGCGUAGUGAAGUUGAGAUCACAGGCAUACGUAAACGCCGAUCUAAAUCGUAGAAGAAAAAGAAAGUUCAAGGUUUAUUUUGAACAAUGUCAGCGAAUAUUAUUGAUACGAAAAAAGAUGCAGAAGGCAAAAACAAAAGCAAAAUUUAUUGCACAUUUUGCCCUUCAAAAAUGCUUAAUGCUGGAACAGCUAGGUUAAUAAAUAUGGAGUUUGCAUUACCUUAUAUACAUAGCAAAGGAGAUGAUAAAGAUAAUGAGUCUGAAGUUAUUUUGAAUUAUUGGUUAGUGGAAAAUAUGUUUACUUUUGAAAAUAUUGGUGUGUCACACACAGUAGAUAAUGUCAAGUACCUAGCUUGCGCUGAUUGUGAUAGGGGUCCAGUAGGGUGGCACGAUUUGUCUACCCAAAAAUCAUACAUUGCACUGUGCAGAGUCAAACAUGAAUAAAUAGGGCUAUGUAUGCUUAUUAAUAAAAUAAUUUUAUAAUUUUA